UAUAAAACUCAACUCUCAUUGGCUUAGGUGGUAGGAUGGUCCCAUGAUGCUGCAAUUCUCAUGGCACUAAAAAAAACCUACUCAAUUUGUCCAUGUCUUGGAGCAGUAUAACUAGUUUCUUCCCUCUCCUCCGCUCAUCUACUCAUCUCUUUCUUUUCAGGAAAUUUCAUCCGACUUCAAAGCCACGAGCUUUCGCGACUCAAAACCGUAGAAUCUUCCUCUGUUUUGUUGUGUUCUUCUUUUUUUCCUCGACGUCGGCGAUUCUUCCUCUGUUUCUUUCGGUGCAGUUUCUAAGUUUGCAUUCUGAAAUACUUACCGAGUUCGAUUUCUCAAUAUUGUUCUAUCAGAAGAGACAGAAUUUGCAACUAGCUGACUCAUUUGCUUAACUUUUCAUAAAUUUUAGCGUUCAAUUCUCGAAGUACUUUUAAUUCUUCUACAGAUAAAAAGUCCUUUCAUUUCAUGAAAAAUUAAUCUAACUAGUUAUCACUAUGGCCACUUUCUCUCACUAAAAGAGAGAGAGAGAGAGAGAGAGAGAGAGAAGAAAUUUCCACUUCUUCGUACUUUUCUCCAUACUGCAGCAAUAAAAACCUUCAAGUUCAAUGGCGGACUCAGACAACGAGUCCGAAGGAGGCGGUGAAAGAGCUGGAAAUGCGUCGGCCAAUGAGCUGUCACCACGGGAGCAGGACCGGUUCUUGCCGAUUGCGAACGUGAGCCGGAUCAUGAAGAAGGCGCUGCCGGCGAACGCGAAGAUCUCAAAGGACGCCAAGGAGACGGUGCAAGAGUGCGUGUCGGAGUUCAUAAGCUUCAUCACCGGCGAGGCAUCCGACAAGUGCCAGAGGGAGAAGCGAAAGACGAUCAACGGCGACGAUCUGCUUUGGGCCAUGACCACCCUCGGCUUCGAGGACUACGUGGAGCCCCUCAAGGUGUACCUGCAGAAGUUCAGGGAGAUGGAGGGAGAGAAGAGCGUGGCGGUGCGUGACAAGGACGCCUCUGCCGGAGGCGCUUCCUCGACGGGUUUUGGUAACGGUGGUGGGUUCGAACAGCCGGGUGGCGGGGUAUAUGGGAGUGGUAGCGGGAUGGGCAUGAUGAUGCAUCAGGGUGGACAUGUGUACGGCUCCAGUGGGUUUCAUCAACAGAUGGGUACUGCCGGUAGUGGUUUUGGCGGGUUGGGGAAGAGUGGGACCGGUUAUGUUGGGCCUGGUUCGAAUACGGGUAGGCCCAGAUAAUUAAUUUCAUUAAUAGUUGAUGUGGGACCCUUAAGGUAUUUAUCUGAUAUUUUAAAUAUGGGUUAUGCUACCGUUACUUUUAAAUACUCUUUAUACAUUCUAUUCAUAUGAUUAGUUAAAAUAAUUAUUUUAUAUUAAAAGAAUGAUACAACUAAUCAUAUUAAUAAAGUGUAUAAAAAAUAUAUAAAAGUAACUGUACUGUACUGUAAUAGAGUUUUUUUAUGUGUUUUUUUUCCUAAUCUUCAAUCCUUUUGUUUUUGUUUUUGUAAAUUUGGGUAGAGAUUGAAUAGGGUUUUAAAUUUGGUUUUUCAAUAGGGUUAUCGGUUAGAAAAAGAAUUUAAGGUUCUAAGAGAGGUUGUAUCUAAAGUGUAGAUAGAGUUCAAUUUAGUUAUAUUGUGAAAACAAAAGGAUACGGAUAUUAUGAUUGCGAUUGUGAAUCAUAAGGUUUGAGAUGUGAUCUCCGUGAGAAUGUGUGGAAAGCAAGACUCUUUUUUA